GUGCGACAGAGCAGAAGUUCUUCGUCGUUGAUCUGUCAAGCAGUAACUUUACAAUAUCAUGGGUUCCAGCCAAAGUCCCAUGUCGAAUGGUGCCGUACCAAGAACCGUCCAGCUCAAGCCGCCAGGUGGAAAAGCUUUGGAUGAAGCCGAGCGGAUCGCGGGCGUUCGAUCGCGUGCGGGUCAUGACGCCGAAUCAACCAUCAUCUCUGUCUGCAUAAUUCGCCUUCCGUUUUCUGCCGAUGGAAAAUGGAUCGAUCGGGAUUUGUGGUUGCAGGAUCUGCAGGCUGGAGAUGCUACCGAUGAAGAUUCUGCCAUUGCACAGUCUCUUCGAAGAAGGAUUGCGAAAGGCAUUGGUUCUACAUCUUUGGAGUUUGAGCCAUCUUCCAGUGGAACCCUCGUCAACCUUUCAUUCGAAGAAGCCGGUCUAACCCCUUCUCUUUUUGCCGCCCUCGAAAAAGAAGGCAUAACGCCCGGCUAUAUACCCUACUCUCCGGACAACGGGAUGGUGACCUUCACCGCUUUAACCUGAUUCUGUUUUGGACGCACUGCGCGAUGUCACACAAUAUAACAUUCGUUGAUAACAUCCAAUCUGGGCUUGGGGCGGCAUAACACCGAGACGCUAGCCGACCUAGCAGAGCAAUGUGCUAAAUUCUGUUACAUCGUACUCCGUCUUUGGGUUUCGCAUAUUAUCUCUUUCGUGGGGGGUUAUCCUGUUCCUUACUCUACUACUUCGUGGUCGGCUCAGUUACUGGCUGGCGGCGACUGGUCGCAAAGCAGAAAUGUUAUCUCAAUUAUUCUCGGUUCAUUGUGCAUCAAGCAAGGGUGAAGAGGCCAGGUAAUACUGUACGUGGCAAGCUGCAAGAGUUGAUAAGAAUCGAGUACAUCAUAAAACAUCC